GCCCCCCGCCCAGCCCGCUGGGGCGCUGUGAGCAGCGGGCGCUGCCCCGCCGCGGGACCCGCACAGCCGGGCCAGCCUGAGGCCCCCGGUGAGCGUGGUCACCAAGCUGCCACCACCCACAGCCAGCACAUGGGCCGCGAGCGUCCCCCCUCCCCCCGCGGAUGACGGCAGCAUCCUGCAGCAGCUGUGCCACCCGCGAGAGCUGUGCCACCCACAAGAGCCACGUCCAGACUGUCUUCAUGAGGGACAGCCUUGGAGCCCAGAGGGACAUACAGUGCUCAGGAUGCUGAAUCUGGCCUAGUGCCCAAGCCCAGCAAGCUGAGAGCUGCAGGGAGGUCUGCGAGGGCUCUGCCACACCGUCCCUGAGCCAUGGUCUAGGAAGCACUGGGACCAUGAAGGGCUUAGGAGACAACAGGAGCCGCCAUCUCUCCGAAAACCUGGACUCCCCUCAAGACUCUCUUUAUGCCCCCCAGGACAGGAACCCUUAUCUCCUCAGCCCCACCGACUCCUUCACCAUGGAUCCCAGAUUCCCAGCCCAGAACACCGUCCACAGCGACUGUCUCCUUCCGCUCAACAACCAGAUCUCCAACAGCAGCACUUUCCCCCGCAUCCAUUACAACUCCCACUUCGAGGUCCCAGAUGACAACCCCUUUCCGAGCCAUGCCCAAGCCACAAAGAUCAACCGCCUGCCUGCCAACCUCCUCGACCAGUUUGAGAAGCAGCUGCCCAUCCACAGGGACGGCUUCAGCACCCUGCAGUUCCAGCGGAGCGACGCGAAGCACCGGAGUGAGAGCCCCGGGCGCAUCCGGCACCUGGUGCACUCCGUGCAGAAGCUCUUUGCUAAGUCCCAGUCUCUGGAGGGCCCCACCAAGGGCAACGUCAAUGGGAAGAAGGGGGCAGAUGAUGCCAAGCAAAACCGGAGAAGCAAGAGCAAGGACCGGGCGAAGACCUCCGAGCCCAAGCGCAGGACCAGGUCCAACAUCUCCGGCUGGUGGAGCUCCGAUGACAACCUGGACAGUGACACCUGCAGCUACCGCAACCCCAUGGGGCUGAUGACACUGGGCCGGCAGCCCGACCACAGCCAGCCAAAGUACUUCAUGCACGCCUACAACACUAUCAGCGAGCACAUGCUGAAAUCCUCCAAGAGCAAUAACGACCUCAAGGUCACCCCUUGCACCAAUAUCCCCAUCAACAACGAUUCCAACUACAUCAAGCGGGGCUCCUGGUCCACGCUGACGCUCAGCCAUGCCCGGGAGGUGUGCCAAAAGGCCUCCGCCACCAUCGACAAAGCCUUGCUCAAAUCCAAGUCCUGCCACCAGGACCUGGCCUACCACUACCUGCAGGAUGUGCCAGCGUGCCCGGUCAGCCCCGCUCUGCCCAGCUUCCCCGGAGCACUGGUGCCUCACGGGGAGUGGAACAACACGCUGUCCCGGGACAAGGACAGCGAGAUCCCGUGCCGGCGCAUGCGGAGUGGGAGUUACAUCAAAGCCAUGGGGGAUGAUGAUAGCGAGGACUCAGAAACCAGCCCCAAACCAUCUCCGAAAACUGCAGCUCGGAGGCAGAGUUACCUCAAGGCCACCCAACAGUCCCUGAGUGAGCAGAGCACCACACAAAGGAGCCUGGACCGCCUGGACUCUGUUGAGAUCCUCCUACCUCCGAAGUUCCCCACCUGGGAGGAAGAAUACAACCAGAUCUCUGACAGUGCCAAUGAAUCCAGCUGCAUCAACCAGAUCUUUGGACCCCCCUCACUUAUCCCUCAGAUAUUUACCCAUGGAGAGCAGGCACCCGAGCCAGAGCUGGGGGAGCAGUACGAGCCCGUCUGCGACUCCACCUACAGCGAGGCUGAGUCGGCGGCUGCAGAGGUGCUGGACCUGCCUCUGCCCAGCUACUUCCGAUCCCGGAGCCACAGCUACCUCCGCGCCAUCCAGGCGGGCUGCUCCCAGGAAGACGACACGGGCUCCGUCCGCUCCAUCUCUCCGCCGCCCACGGGCAGCCUCAGCGGCAGCAGGACCCUGCCCACCAACAGCACAAAGCCUGUGCUGCCCUUCAGCCAAGCCAGGUGGCACGAAGGUAUCCCAGGACCAUGCCAAAGUGGACACUGUGGUUUCCCCCUUUACCAGAGCAGCACAAACAGUUUUCAUGCUGUUGGUUCAUCAUGCCUAGUGGCAUAUAAAAAGACGCCACCUCCCGUCCCACCUCGGACCACGUCCAAGCCGUUCAUCUCUGUCACUGUGCAGAGCAGCACUGAGUCAGCCCAGGACACCUACCUGGACAGCCAGGACCACAAGAGUGAGGUCACCAGCCAAUCGGGGCUCAGCAAUUCCUCAGACAGCUUGGACAGCACCAGGACACCCAGUGUCACCAGGGGCAGCAUCGUGACUCCAGCCAGAGACACUCCAGAGUUACCUCAGAAAAAUGCAACUUUGAAAAGUGACAAAGGGACUCUGACUAACGAAGAGCCUAAAGUGGAGAAUAUCCCCAAAAGAAAGCUAUCAUCUAUAGGAAUACAAGUUGACUGCCUUCAGCCAGUGGCAAAAGAGGAGCCUCCUCCACCAGCCACCAAAUUCCAGUCUAUCGGGGUACAGGUAGAGGACGAGUGGCGAAACAGCCACUCUCGCAGCAUGUCCUCCAAACAGGACACAGACUCUGACACACAGGAGCCAAAUAACUCCAGCUGUAAAUCAUCUGAGAGAAGCCUCGCUGAGUGCCCCCAGCACAACAGCUCUGUUGGUGUUGAUGCCUCCACCACGCAACCAGCCAAGCCCUCACAGAUUAAGAGAAACCUCUCCUAUGGAGAAAACAACGACCCAGCCCUGGAGCCUUCUUCUCUUCCUCCUCCUGACCCCUGGCUCGAGAGCUCCUCCACGUCGCCAUCAGAGCCGGCGCAGCCGGGGCCCUGCCGGCAGGAUGGUUUCUGGUUCCUGAAGCUGCUGCAGGCAGAGACCGAGCGCCUGGAGGGCUGGUGCUGCCAGAUGGACCAGGAGACCAAAAAGAACAAUCUCUCUGAGGAAGUCUUAGGAAAAGUGCUGAGUGCAGUGGGCAGUGCACAGUUACUAAUGUCACAGAAGUUCCAGCAAUUCCGCGGCCUCUGUGAACAAAACUUGAACCCUAAUGCCAAUCCCAGACCCACAGCCCAGGACUUGGCUGGAUUUUGGGAUCUCCUCCAGCUGUCCAUUGAAGACAUCAGCAUGAAGUUUGAUGAGCUGUACCACCUCAAAGCUAAUAGAUGGCAUUUGGCAGAGACACCGAAGAGAAAGGAAGAGAAGAAACCACCCCCUCCAGUGCCAAAGAAGCCAGCCAAGUCCAAAUCGCAGCUGAGCCGAGACAAAGGCUCCGACUCGGACAAGCAGCGGCAGGAGGCACGGAAGCGGCUGAUGGCGGCCAAGCGCGCAGCCUCUGUGCGGCAGAACUCGGCCACCGAGAGCGCCGACAGCAUCGAGAUCUACGUCCCUGAGGCCCAGACCCGCCUCUGAGCCCAGCCAUGGCCAGCCUGUGGCUUUUAUAAGUCAUUAAAUGGGAAAAAAAUUGGUUCUCUUGCAACUAGUGUGAUUUAUUCAGUCUAGAGACAAUGAGCCAUCCUUGAAAAGGGCUCCUGAGUUGGCUUUUUUCUCUCUCAGCUUUAAGUAAUGAAGAUUUUAACAAAAAAAAAUUACAAACAAAAAAAAAAUUAAAAAAAGAAAAAAUGCCCCUUGUUUUCUCCCCAGCUGUGGUGUUGCUGAAUGGACUGGACAGACUCCUGGGAACUCCAGCCCCUUGACUUGGAACUUCAGUCUUUUUACUUGUUCUAUCUCAUGAGAAUUAUUAGCUUGUUUACAAGAAGAGGACAAGAAAACAAGAAGCCUUGAGCACUUGCCAUGCUGUGUUCCUCCUCCUCAGAUCUGUUCUGCCCUUCUCAUCCUUUAUUUUUCCCUCCUCCUGCUCCCAUUCUCCCACCCUUUGCAUGGUUUUGGUUCCCGUGUCUGCACCCCCCUAUCCCCGCAGAGAGCACCUGUGGUGUGUCACUCCUGCUGCCCUCUCCAGCCAGCAGCCUGCUGGGCUUUGUGUUCUUGGGAUGGGGAUGCUGGAGUGGGGGAGGGGGAUGGGCACAGGGGGCCCUAUCCUUAGCUUGUUGGAGGGAGAGGACACCAGGGCUGUGGAAUGUGGGGUUGAAAUGCAGCCCAGAAACAAAAUGUGCAAUAAAGUCGGCGCAGGGGAUCCCGAGAGCCGAAGCCCACUCCAGCACAGGAGCGGAGCUGAAGGAGCACAGAGCAUGAGCCACAUCACUUUGAUUUCCCUCCUCUUCCCGUUCCCACACCAUUGUCCUUGGCUGGCUGGUGGAGAGAGGAGUUGCUGCAGUAGGGGCUGUGGGGUCAGCGUGUCCAGGAGGAGACAGGAGGGUGUACAUAUGCACAUAUACACUUAGUAGUACCUGUAUAGUAAUUCCUACACACGGAUCCUGCCCAUGCUGCCGCGGGGGUGGGCAGAUGUAUAGCAUAUAUUUUUACAUGUACUAUAUCUAGAUGUGUGUCCAAGUGUGUGUAAAAAUAUAUACCCUGUGUGUAAGCAGAUGACUAUUUUUUCCUUAUCUCCCUGCUCUCUGGGUAGAGGAAGGAUUGCUAAAUAUUUUUUAGCCCAUUUUUUCUUCCCCUUUGUAGGUCUCCUUUCCGGUCUGGCUCCUUGGAGCCAGAGCUGCCACCCCGAUUCUUUGCCACCCUCUUACACAGAAGGUUUUUGUCCCAUCCUGAGGGAUCUCGCUGGGGAUUUUUUUUUUCCCCUCUUCACAGGUUUGAACAAGUUGGGAGAUUGUGUGCUACUGUCAUGGGGGUGGAGGUGGAAUCCCAGUGGUUUCAGUGAGAGCGUUGGUGAUCCAGAAGGCAAAAAAUAAAUAAAAGUGAAAUCCUGAA